AUGUCUUUAUCUUCCAGCCAGCUGCGCUGGGGACGAGUACUGCUCAUCCUUCUUGGGGUGCUCGCCCUUCUUUAUCGCUUCUGGCCGGUUCCACCUAAUCAAAUUUCGAUCACACAACACCCGCAUGACUGGGUCUGGGACGAAAUACCCAUUAUCGAAAACCAAACCCUAGGUUUUGGGAAGGUUUUUGCCAUCAAUUUGCCCAACCGGCCGGACAAGCGUGACAACCUUGUCUUAGGUUCAUCGGUCUGCAAUUUCCAAGUCGAAUUUGUCGACGGUGUAAUUCCGGACGCGAUCCCACCUAAAACAUAUCCAUACAACUGGAACCCCCACCACACCCCAAGCGAGUAUGCUGCUCGCCGGGCACACCUGAAUGGAAUACGACGAAUCGUCGAACAAGGGCUAGGUAGCGGAGUCAUCAUCGAAGACGACGCCGACUGGGAUAUAAACAUCAAAACCCAACUCCAAAGUUUCGCCCUCGCAAUCCGUGGACUCCAAGGCACAACCAACUCACCUACAUCAUCACCAUACGGCGACGACUGGGAUAUUCUUUGGCUCGGACACUGCGGUCUAGAAUGUAAGACCAAUCUCCCAUACUACCAAAGUGCAGACGACCCUACCGUCCCUGAGGCCCGUCACUUUCUUCCAUAUUGGCGCGAACCUCCCCCAGUCGAACGGCCCGACCGUUCCCGAAUGGUCUGCACCGCUAAAGAUGCCGUCUGUACGAGUUUCUACGCUGUGAGCUAUCACGGUGCACAAAAGCUUCUCGCCGCAUUGUCCGUAAAUCCAUCCGGUCUUGCUGAGGAAAUUGAUAUCGGCGCACAAAUGGACGUAGCGCUAGGCCGUAUGUGCGGUCAUGGGUACUUACGGUGCUUUGCACCAUAUCCUGCCAUCACAGGUACUUUCCGCUCCGCUGGAGCGGCAGAGAAAGGCUCUGACAUUCACCAAGAAGGAGAAGGGGAUACAGUUAGCUUUGCUAGCUGGGGAAUGCUAUACAGUACCAUGUUGAACGUGCAGCGUCUUCUCAGAGGACAGCCUAUAAAGGCAACAUGGGGCGACGUUGAUAAGCCAAUGAUGGUCCCGGAGCACAUUGGAGUUCGAGAAGGAAAGCUCUACAUGAAGACAAAAAAUGGACCACAGAUUGUUGAGACAGUGGCUGUGGAUGAAAAAUAUCGGAGCCGCAGAGCCAUGGGUAUGGUCAUUGAACUCUUCAUUGAAGCCAGCUCUCUCCUUCAUUCUUCCCCCAAGGACAUCUUCCCAGCCGAGUGGGAAGUCAACAUGAUGUAA